CGCCGACGUCUGCGCGCUGGGGCGGAAGAUGGCGGUCCGGUGGGCGGUUGACUGUUGAUGCGCGGCAGAGGCGCCGCCGAGUGGGUCGCGCGGGAGGCGCCUCAGGCUCGCGGCUGGCCUUCCGGCCGCCUCCCCGCACUCCCCCGUCGGCCGGGGCCGGUGCAGCCGCCGGCGCCGCCGCCACCAUGUCCCUGCUGCAGUCGGCGCUGGACUUCCUGGCCGGUCCGGGGUCCCUGGGCGGGGCAGCCAGCCGUGACCACACAGACUUCGUGGGGCAGACCGUGGAGCUGGGCGACCUGAGGCUGCGGAUCAAGCGGGUCAUCGCCGAGGGUGGGUUUGCUUUUGUAUAUGAAGCUCAAGAUCUUGGAAGUGGCAAAGAUUAUGCUUUAAAGAGGCUGCUGUCCAACGAAGAGGAAAAGAACAAAGCAAUCAUUCAAGAAGUUUGUUUUAUGAAAAAACUUUCUGGACAUCCUAACAUUGUCCAGUUCUGCUCUGCUGCAUCAAUAGGAAAAGAAGAAUCAGAUACUGGACAAGCUGAGUUUCUUCUGCUCACUGAGCUCUGCAGAGGGCAGCUGGUGGAAUUCUUAAAGAAAGUUGAAUCCAAAGGCCCUCUCUCCUGUGACACGGUUUUGAAGAUAUUUUAUCAGACAUGCAGAGCAGUACAACAUAUGCAUAAACAGAAGCCCCCUAUAAUCCAUCGGGAUCUCAAGGUUGAAAACAUGCUGAUUAGUAACCAAGGAACAAUUAAACUGUGUGAUUUUGGCAGUGCUACAACUGUGUCACAUUAUCCUGACUACAGCUGGACUGCUCAGAAGAGAGCAAUGGUUGAAGAAGAGAUCACAAGGAAUACAACACCAAUGUACAGGACACCAGAAAUAAUAGACUUAUACUCGAACUUUCCAAUUGGUGAAAAGCAGGAUAUUUGGGCCUUGGGCUGUAUCCUAUACCUGUUGUGCUUCAGGCAACAUCCUUUUGAAGAUGGAGCAAAACUUCGGAUAGUUAAUGGAAAAUACUCAAUUCCACCAAAUGACACAAGAUAUACAGUUUUUCAUGACCUCAUUCGCUCCACGUUGAAGGUGAACCCAGAAGAAAGGUUGUCGAUCACAGAACUUGUGAAUCAGCUACAGGAGAUAGCAGCUGCUAGAAAUGUGAAUCCAAAGUCACCUAUCACAGAGCUUCUGGAACACAAUGGUGGUUAUGGAAAUAACAUGCAACCUAGAGGCUCUCUCAGUUCAGUGCCACAGAGUGCUAAGGCCGUGGGGCAGCUCAGCAAUGUGUACAGUGGAGGCAUGACAGUUGCAGAGUGUGAUCAGUCCUAUAGCGGUUUCUUUGACAUACUUAGAGGAGGAACAGAACGAUUUUUUACUAACAUCAAAGAUACUUCUUCCAAAGUUAUCCAGUCCGUUGCUAAUUAUGCUAAAGGAGAUUUGGAUAUUUCAUACAUCACAUCCAGAAUUGCUGUGAUGUCCUUUCCAGCAGAAGGUGUAGAAUCAGCUCUGAAAAAUAACAUAGAAGAUGUGCGGUUGUUUUUAGACUGUAAGCAUCCUGGACAUUAUGCUGUUUACAAUCUCUCUCCAAGAACAUACAGGCCUUCCAGAUUUCAUAAUCGGGUUUCAGAAUGUGGUUGGCCAGCAAGACGUGCCCCAAACCUUCAAAACCUUUAUAACAUCUGCAAGAAUAUGCAUUUAUGGCUAAAACAAGAUCACAAAAAUGUUUGCAUUGUGCACUGCAUUGAUGGAAGAGCAGCAUCAGCUGUUGUCGUUUGCUCCUUUUUAUGUUUCUGUCGUCUUUUCACCACUGCUGAGGCUGCAGUUUAUAUGUUUAGUAUGAAACGCUGUCCACCUGGCAUCUGGCCGUCUCAUAAAAGGUAUAUAGAGUACAUGUGUGACAUGAUGGCAGAAGAGCCCAUUAUCCCUCAUAGUAAACCAAUUCUUAUUAGAGCAGUCUCCAUGACUCCAGUGCCCCUGUUUAGCAAGCAGAGAAAUGGCUGCAGACCCUUUUGUGAAGUCUACGUGGGGGAUGAACGAGUGACCACUACAUCUCAGGAGUAUGACAAAAUGAAGGAUUUUAAAAUUGAGGAUGGAAAAGCAGUAAUUCCAUUGGGUAUAACAGUCCAAGGUGAUGUACUCAUAGUGAUUUAUCAUGCGAGAUCAACGCUAGGAGGAAGAUUGCAAGCUAAGAUGGCUUCAAUGAAGAUGUUUCAGAUUCAGUUCCACACAGGCUUUGUGCCCCGAAAUGCAACAACUGUGAAGUUUGCCAAGUAUGAUCUGGAUGCAUGUGACAUUCAAGAGAAAUACCCUGACUUAUUUCAAGUGAAUCUUGAAGUAGAAGUGGAACCUAGAGACAGGCCAAGUCUUGAGACUCCACCAUGGGAUAACUUAAAUAUGAAGGGACUGAAUCCAAAAAUUCUGUUCUCCAGCCGAGAGGAGCAGCAAGACAUUUUGUCUAAAUUUGGCAAACCUGAGCUUCCUAGACAGCCUGGAUCAACAGCCCUGUAUGAGGCAGAAGCCUCCCAGCAGUCCCCUGAAAGUGUGCCCACAGAAUCAGACUCUCCACAGAGUAACAGCACUGAGACAAACAACUUUUUUCAUACAUUGGACUGGCAAGAAGGAAAAGUAUCAGAAUCUGGAGUAGAAAAUAACUUUCUUAAAGAAAACCAUGUUGUCCUGAAUGAAGACAGGGACGGAAGUGAGUUAUCUGAUGAAGAACCUUCUGCUUUCCCUGGUGAGAACAAAAUAAUUACUGUUGAAGAAGAAAAGUCAAGUACCCCUGAAAAAGCAGAAGAUGAAAAUUUACUUUUCGAUACAGAUUAUGAACCCUCAGCUCAGCUUCAAGAGCCACAGCAGGAAGACAGUGUUGAUUUGCUAGGCUUGGACUCUGAAGCUGGACCAGAGCAAAGCCAUGCCACCAAAGAAAUUCAGAGCUCUUCUAGCAAUGCUGAUUUGUUAAGCAAUCUGUUUGUUGCCAGUGCAGCCAUUUCAGAAGAGCCUACGGGAGACUUGCUUGGGGCAGGGACAGAUUUCUUUUUCAGUGGCCCUCCUCCUCCUGCAGAUAAUGCACAGAGCACUUCACAAAAUAUAGUUCACUCUUCAGUUGCUGAUCCAUUCGAUCCAUUCACGAUGUCAUCCAGUUCAGAAACUCAGAGUCAUUCCAAUCCUGAUCUGUUUGAAGAGUUUCUUAAUCCCAGUUCUGCACCAGCCUCAUCCAGUAUGUUUCCUUCUACACACAGUGCACCUCCUCCUUCUUCCAGCUCUGACUUCUUACAUUUAGGGAAUUUGCCAACAGAACAGCCUACCAAGAUGACUACUUCUGCCAGCCACCCUGAUCUCUUGGGAGGAUGGGACUCCUGGGCCGAUUCCUCCGGUAUUGGCAAUAUUCCAUUACCACAGCCUGCCAAAUCUGCAUGUGAAGGCACAACCUUUUCUUCAGGAAGCCAGUCAAGUGUUACCUCUGGCUCAUCUGUCAGCCAAGCUAAAUCUCAGAACUUUGAUCCCUUUGCUGACCUUGCUAACCUCAGUUCAGGUAUUCAAGGUUCUUCUUGUGGAUUUUCUUCUGGUGGAUUUGCCUCAAAAGCAGCUCAGUCUUCAAAAGGUGGGAGCCCAUGGCAGACAAGGCCCCCAAAUUAUGGUUCAUCAUGGCCUUCCCAGGCAAAAUCACAACAAACCAAAUCCAGCCCACAGAUGAAACCUAAUUAUUCUGCGAACUUCAGUGUUAUUGGAGGACGAGAAGAGAGGGGCAUUAGAGCUCCCGGUUUUGCUCAAAAGCCAAAAGUUUCAGAAAAUGAUUUUGAAGAUCUAUUACCCAAUCAAGGAUUUUCAUCCAAAUCUGAUAAAAAAGGACCAAAGACAAUUGCUGAGAUGAGGAAGCAAGAGAUGUCUAAAGACAUGGAUCCUCUCAAGCUAAAGCUUCUCGAUUGGAUUGAAGGAAAAGAGAGAAAUAUAAGAGCACUAAUUUCCACACUGCACAUGGUGCUUUGGGAGGGAGAAAGUAGGUGGAAGCCAGUUGGCAUGGCAGACCUGGUGACUCCUGAGCAGGUGAAGAAGUACUAUCGAAAGGCUGUGCUGGUAGUUCAUCCAGACAAGGCCGCCGGGCAGCCAUAUGAGCAGUAUGCCAAAAUGAUCUUCAUGGAAUUAAAUGAUGCCUGGUCAGAGUUUGAAAAUCAGGGAUCCAAAUCCCUUUUUUAAAACCUCAGUUUUUGGGAUUUUCAAAAUGCAUUGGCAGCAGAAUGGCAUCUGAAGGUGUUGUUUGUUGGACUUAAUGUUCCUAGAAUUCGAGAGAGAAUUUCAUGAGCUCAUCCUCAAGUUUGAAAUUCUACUCUUAUAGAUGGGGUGUAUUGUAAAAUGUAAAUCAGCAAAGGCCUCUCGCUGUGUCACAAUCAUAGCCCAGAAUGAACCUUUUUCCCACUCAGUUUGAUUAUGAAACACAUAAAUCUAAUGACGUCCUCCUUUGGAGUGUAAGAAGAGCGAGCCAUUCAUUCUGAAGCAACUGGUAUUGGUUGGUUUUUUGCCCAAAAGGAAGACAACUCUGACUUGUGUGUCUGUUAUGUUUCCCUGGUUUGUGAUUGGAGUUUGAUGUUCAGUGCCUCUCACCUCAGUCCAAGCUUUUUUGUGCAAUGAGAAACAGUGAAUUUGCUAAGCACAGCAUUGUUACCUGAAUCUAUAGAAGGUGUACAUUUACAUCUGUAUUUUGUGUAAUCAUCCUGAUAAUCACUUUUGUAUAUAAUUAAAAUGUUUUCUGAUGAUAAUCUGUAUUCCUCAUAAUGAAUUGGCAGCCGCUAAGCCAACAUUCUUGGUUAUGGGAAGCAAGGAACCAAGUUGUUUGCAAAUCACAAUUCAUGACUAUGGACAGUGGUUGUAUGUCACAUGGAGAAAACACUGGCAUUUUUAAUAUAAGUGAUUGCAUGUUAAAAAUCUUUUGUGUUAUUUAUGAAGAACUUUUUGGACUUUAAACUGUAUUGCCAGGGUUUAUUUUCCCAGCUCAUGGCACCCGUAACUUCUUAUUCUCUACUCCUCCCCAUACCCCCUCCAGUGGAAUAGUGUGCAUUCCAUUGGUUUUAUAAUUAUGCUGAUGGAAAAGAAGAUUGUCUUACUUAUUUCUGAAUCUGAUCUUGAAAUGUGAGCACAAUUUUGUUUACCAUGCUUAUUUCUGUUCUGAAGUCAGCAAAUGUGAUCUCUUUUGCAAUUGUUGUUGAAAAAAUUUAUUGUUCUUUUAUUGUAUGUCUGGUCAGCUCUUGACUGUAUUGACUGAUCCAUACAUUUUAUUGUCAGAAUGUCUUAAUAAGCAAUGAUAUAUACCCAGGCAGAUGGCUGUUGGCCUUGAGUUCACACACACACCUUAGACCAAGAAGUAACUCUCACUAUCUUAAGUACAAGGACCAGAUUCACGUCUGAUUUGUAACAGAAGGUACUUUAACAAUGAUAAAGAACUCCAUACAGUCUGAGUUGCUACGGAAUUUGGUUGACAACUUUUACAUACAUGUUCCAUUCUUUUUGAAAAAGGAAGAGGAGAGGAAAACAAGGCAGAAAGGGGAGAAAAGGAGGAAAACUAUCUUUUACAAUGGAUAGUGACUCUUUUCAAUAUAGCAUGACCUGAAGUGAUUUUCUCUAGGAUGCCUUGCAAUUCUCUAGCUCCUCUAGCCUAAGCUGUUAGUGCCAAUUCUAGCUAUACCAGCAAUUAACAGCAGUAUCUGGGAUGAGAGAUUCUAGAAUUAAACACUGGAAAAAGAAAAAAAUAUUAACUUCCUUCUGUUAAAUGGCAUAUAUGAGGUAGCUUCUACCUAGAGUGUCUUAAUGACCAGUAGCAGGAACAUGAAAAGAAAAUCAAGGUUAAGAAAACAUUCUUGAUUUUUCAAUCCGUGGUUCAUGUGAAUUCUUUGUUAAACAGUCAGUUGGUAUGGGGGGGGCGGUCAGGUGGGGCAAUCUUGACAAGUAUAUUACAGUUGCUUCAUCCUCCCAGAAUGCUAAUCUGGUUUGACUUCCUGAUGAGCUCUGUUUUUGACACUAGAGAGUAGAACCUAUCCCACCUGGCAAGUCAGAUUUCUUUCUGCCGGUUAUAUGUGGCCUUUCUUAGUUCCACAAGAGUCCCCAGUGUAGUAUUCAGGGACAGUUAGACCAAAUGUUAGGAAGUCUUGGGAGACUUCAGUGUGUCAUUCUCUGGUUGAGAAAGAGCAGUCUCAUGAAUAAAUUAGAAAGAAGCCAGCACCAAGCACUAAGAACUUGGGAAGGGAGCAGUGUGUGGAAAUACUCGAGUAGGCCAUUUGGAGUCUGCCUUAGAGGUGCUAAAUGAAAAGAAUGUAAAGGGAGCAAAGCAAAAGGAGGCUGCACUGUGGCCUUGUAGGAGGGGAGCAGGAGGAAGGCUGAACUGUUCAAGAUGUUACCAGUGACCUUUGAACUGCUAGCACUUACUUCCACAAAGAAUGGGAACUUUGGGAAAUAGCUGAGAAGUGCUAAUAAGCAGAUAGAAGCCUUCUCUUUUUAAAAAACAGAAAGAACAUUAAGGUGUCUUAGUAGAAUUAAUGAUAAAAAUAGUGAAUGAAUGAAUUAAUCUAAGUAGGCUGAAAUUUCUAAUAUUGUAAUCACGUAGGUGUCAUUAUUCAGUGGUCAUUCAUUGGUGCUGUUGCUGAGUUCUUCUUGCACAGUAGAUCCCUGGGCGUUGGGAUAACGUUGCAGUGGAAGGCAGGGAAAUUUGCCUUCCUGCCCUAGUGCCUAAAAGUCAUCUCCAGGUGGGCAGGUAGGUGGUUUCUGCUCACUUUACCAGCAUUUAAUCUAAGUCUGUAAAGAGUACUUUUUUGACUGGGCCACAGCAAAAAAAUAUCUAGUCCCUUCUCCAGUCACCUCAGGAAAGUCUCUCAUCUGGGGCUUUCUCUACUUUAGGGAGGUCACUGCUGCCAGGAAGUGCCUCACGGAGCCUGCAGGAGGCAAAGUGUCUGAAGCUCUGUGGUGCCAGGCAAAGUCACCUGGAUCCAGUCCUCUCCCCACGCCAGGACACAGCCCUCUUUGACUGCCAGGAAAGGGCAACAUAGGAAAGGAAUUUGGAAGGUUGGGGUGAGGUUGUUAGAAAAUAGGUGUGUGUGUGUGGGGUGAACAGAGACUUUUUAUAAAAAGUUGCCAUAGAAAGUGCUAUUACCAUCAGUUAUUCAUUAGGAAAUUGGGUCUUUUUUUUUUUUAUCCCAGUGAUAUAGGGACACUGGCAUGUUCAAGGUAGACAAGAUAUGCAAGAUUCAGUUACAGGAAUGCACUGGAUGGUGGACUUCAGCAGAUUUUUCAGGGGAUGGGGUGGGGUUUCUUUGAAUUCUGUUGAGUGGACUUAAAAACUUAACAAUGAAUUGAAUUUUUAAAAAGUAAAUGAAGAAUGAGGGGAAUGUUGUUUUAUUAAGUUGUCAGAGAUGCCCAGCUAGAUCACUGCAGAUGAUUUGAUUUCAUUUCCUUAAAUAAGCACUGUAUCAGAGCUCAGUUGAUUGUAAUAAUUUACCCCAAAUAUAGGGGAAUAAAGUUAUCUGUUGGGGUGAUCACAGAAAUAGGGGUGGGAUGGAGGUUAGAGAGAGAAUGAAUCAUUGUUGAAUGGGGGAAUGAUACAAAGAGGAAAUAUUCUGAAGCCAGUCUUGUUUCCUAUUCUCACAGCAGAGUAGUAAACACACUGAAGGUUGGCCAGAAAAUAGGAAACAAAAUGUUUCCUAUUUUAGGGGCUGAAAGGCUUUAAAACCUAAUUUUUAUCUCUUAAGGAAGUGGAUACACAUUUAAGAUCACUAACUAGGAAGUGGGGGGACUCUGUUGAUAAUGACAGUCUGUAGACAGAUGAAGAAGUAUUAGGGGAUUAAUGAGUUAAAACUCAAAGGAAAGUUUAAGAAACAGAAAGUUUUCUUAGCAAUAAAGAAGUGUAUUCAAAUCCAGGCUCAGACACAUGAUGCUUACUAGCUGUGUGACCCUGGGUAAGUCACUUAACCCCAAUUGCCUAAGCAAAAAAAAAAAAAAAACCAAAACCAAAAACAAACCCAAACAAACAAAAAACGAGUAAAGAUGUGUAAUAUGGUGAAAAAGGACCUGAAGUCUGAGAAACUCCCCUAUGAGCUGCUGGAGAUCUAGAGGAGAUUGUCUCUUCUCCCACUUUUAUCUUUAAUUCACAGAACUCAUUCACUGGUCUACAGGAGUUGGCUACCUUGGGCAUUAGGUAGAUUGACCUAACAGAUGCUUUGAAUCAUGGAGGAAUAUGUAGUCUUCAUAGCUCACAGCUGUAGCUCCAGACCCCAAUAUGGUAAAAGUUCCAGAGCUGCUGAGAUUGGGUCACCAGUGCAUUUCUCAAAGUCCUGUCAGAUACUGGGAAGGGAAGAGUAUACAGAGUGACCGUGAUUUUUUCAGCUAGUAGCAAAGUAGUCCAUUUAAAGAAAGGCAAGUAUUUGGCGUUAACAUGAUGAAGCUAUUCACAAAAACUCCCAUCGCCUAUACUGUGUCCUCAUCAAUGUCUGUAUUUCAGAGAGCAGGGGGUCUCUUCUGCACAACAGCCGCAUAUGUCAUUGGGCACACAAGCAGAUUGAUGGAAUGAGCUGAUCAACAAACCUUAACUGGUUGGAUUGGGAUUUUAGAACAGUGGUUUUUCUCAGUUUUCAAAAUGAUUCAGCAUACCGUAUUGGAACAUGUUGGACCUCUGAGAAAAGCUAAAGCAGUUAACUGAGUAGUAAAAAUGAUUAUUAUUGCUUAUUAAUAACUACUUGAAGGAUAUCAAAUGUUUCCAUUAAGUGCUUCACAGAACACCCAUGUGAUUAAGGAUGGGGCUAGGGAAGCUGAGGCCUGAAGAGGAAGUGACUUGUCCAAGGCCACACUGAAUGAGUGGGUUGGUGACAGAAUUGAAAGCUGGAGCCCACUCUGGUCUCUCAGUAAGAGAAGAGCCCCAUUUUUUGUUUUUUUGGACCACUCUGUUUAUAGAGCUUGGAAAUAGGAAUUUGGUUACUGGAAUGUUGGUCUGGAUUUCAGGUGGUUGAUGACUGCAUCUUCCUCUUUACAUCUGGUUUCCUUUCCUUCCCCUUUUAAAGGUAUAUUUCCUGACUUCAGGGUUUGUUCUCUGAGCUUUGGUUUUUAUAUCCUAAGCAUGGGGAAAGCUGAUUCAGAUUUCCACAGAAGUCUGCAGAAAACAUUAGGAUGUCAUGUCCAUUAAUAACAACAAGAAGUUGUAUUUUGAA